CGAAAAGGAAGUGAGGAGAAAUGAAACAACACCGAUAAACAGGCCAGGCCAAGCGAGGAGAAACUACGUUUACGCGCGUUUAGACUCACUUCCUCACUGAUGCGAACCACAAACGCGUCUCUAAGCUCAGCUAGCGUUGCUUCGGACGACAGCUUGUUCCUACGCCGCUAGCUUGUCACGGUUGAGGUCGGAAGAGGAGAAAGGGAAGAAUAUGUAGGAGUCGUUUCUGCCUUCCUGCCCUUCUCCUCCACUUGCCUCCGAGCGAGGAGAACUAGAAACCGCAUCGGAAACGGAUUGAUCUGACAGCGGCUCCCUCGGUCGGUUCAUCGACGAUGGCGGACAGCGUCGGGGAGGAGGCCAACGGCUCCGUGGGGACGGCGCAGGGCCACGGGGCGCAGCUCUCCGCGAGUUUGGGUAAUUCCGUACCGGGCCACUCAUCAGCCUCGCCGCCUCCAGCGGACACCGGCCCGGUCGAGCCCUCGGUGCCCGUGGUGGCCGUUCCUCCGUCCCUGCCGACCGGUAUCGUGUCAGGGGUCCCGGCCGGAGCGGGCCUCCUGUCCCAAAUUCACGCCACCUCCUGGGAUCCCACCCUGAGCACCGACUGGGACAACGAGAAGGCGUCUCAGCAGUGCAUUCUCCGGAUAAAAAGAGACAUUAUGUCCAUUUAUAAAGAACCUCCUCCAGGUAUGUUUGUGGUUCCUGAUCCUCAUGACAUGACUAAGAUUCACGCUCUCAUUACUGGCCCCUUCGACACACCAUAUGAGGGUGGCUUCUUCCUCUUCCUGUUCCGCUGUCCUCCCGACUACCCCAUCCACCCUCCACGUGUCAAACUCAUCACUACCGGCCACAACACAGUUCGUUUCAACCCCAACUUCUACCGCAACGGCAAAGUUUGCCUCAGCAUCCUUGGCACUUGGACCGGUCCGGCGUGGAGUCCCGCCCAGAGCAUCUCCUCUGUCCUCAUCUCCAUACAGUCCCUAAUGACGGAGAACCCUUACCACAACGAGCCGGGCUUUGAGCAGGAAAGGCAUCCAGGUGACAGCAAAAACUACAACGAGUGCAUCCGCCACGAGACCAUGCGAGUUGCAGUGUGUGAUAUGCUGGAGGGCAAAGUGCCAUGUCCCGAGGCCUUGUGGAGCGUGAUGGAGAAGUCCUUUCUGGAGUACUACGAUUUCUACGAGGGGGUCUGCAAAGAGCGUCUGCAUCUCCAAGGACAGAACAUGCAGGAUCCUUUUGGGGAGAAGAGAGGUCGUUUUGACUACCAGGGUCUGUUGACCCGUCUCAGAGCCAUCCAGAGGCGAUUGCGGGAAAAGUGCCCGCCGGAGGACAACGACGGUGACUCUGACUCGGACACCAGCUCGUCCGGCACCGAUCCGGACAGUCAGGGCAGCUCACAGCCUUAGAGCGCCCUCUAUCGGGGUGCGAAGCGAGCAAGGUUAGACCGUUCCCCUUUACCUGCAGCUCCGGACUUCUCUCAGGCGAGCACAGAUGAAAGGAGUGCCGAAAAACCCUGAUUCUACUGACAGAGGACAGAGUUUCUGUCUCAUCCGAUCGGUUCAUAUUUUUCCCCUCUUGCUCCUUGUGUGCUGGCCAAUGACUGCCUUUUGUUUUUCUGUUGUUGUUUUUGUUUUGUUUUUUCCCCCCCCUGAUGGAGAAGCGGUUCAGUCAGGACGGGGACGAGCUGUAUAUGUGCGUGUGUACAUUUGUAAGUGACAAAGAUGUAUACACCGGCUUCUCGACAGGUCAUCACAGCCGCGGCUUUUUUCAGUCCAUGUCUCUCUGUCCCUUCCCGCAUCCAUCGUAGAGCUAACAGGACAAGUCACAAGUCAAAUAAGUGAUAAUGAUGAUAAUAAAAUCACGCAAAACAAACCGGUUUACUUGCAAAUGCACGCACGUCUCACACAUUUGGCUUCUGGUCCUCUUUCUAAAACCGUUUUAAUUUCAUUCACGACGUCGUUAAGAACUUGCGUUGAGAUGCAAAUUCAAAAUGAAUUGAAAACCACACUUUAAGACGGAUGCAACUUAAAAGAAAAAAAAAGAAAAAUGUAUAUUUAACUGUUCAUAAAGAAGUUUUAUUUUAAUGUUCAGUGUUCUUAAAAAUUCUAUCGAACUGGUGAAAGCAUCACUUACGGGAACGGUUGCCUUUUGAGUGUCGUCGCCGUGUUGGACAUACAGUUUUGUUUGGUGAACUUCUUCAGUCUGUCUCUAAUUGUGAAGCUGUUGAGUGUCAAAUGAGACAAAUCUCUUCUGUUAUUGUUCUGGGAGUAACCUCGAGUUCUCAACAAGCUAGGAACUUUCUUUUGCUCACUUUUCUCGGUUAUUUGACUCGUAAUGCUUAGACGGCAAUUCCACUCCAGCCUCCGCUCAAAGUGUCCCUGGAUACUGCUACGAAAACGUCUUUUUCUUUACCGGGGAUACUGUGGCCACUGGUGUCCUCAUAUGCAACAGGACGAAGCUGCCUAAUAAGAGGAACGGGAUAAUAUCCAACCCACACUCGACACCGUGGUUCAUGACUAUCUAUGCUCCUAAAUCUUUUGCAAAAAUCUAUUGCAAUCCAUCCCUUUAAAUAGCAGAAAUAUAUAUAUAUAUAGUUUUCCACAGCAUGCUAAACACAACCAGACUGGCAGCAUUUAGUAUUUUGUAUACAUGUACAAUUAUAAUGCAUUUUAUUCACAAGCAAGCAGAUUCCAUGUAGUCUUCUAUUAAGUGAGCCACAAAACCACACUUUUAAUGACGUUUUGCGUUCUCAGAUGGGCCCAAAUACAGCCGCGGGGUUUUUUUUUGCAUGUGCUAGCCUUUUGAUGCAGUUGAUUUCUCUUAAGUGCAAGAGAAUGUAUUUUGGUCUAGGACAUCAUAUUUUGACGAGACAGUGCUGUUAGGUUGCUUGAUCGUUUGUUUUGAAUGAACAGUUUGACUCUUGAGUCUAUGUUUCUCUUCUAGAACGCCCUGCAACAGGAAACGGUUCCCUUGACUAUGAGUUUGACUUUGUGAUGUACUAAUGCUUUUCCCUUGUUAGCAAAAUGAGAAUGAAUUAUGUAAAUAAUUAAUGUAUCGAUCAGUUGCAACUGUAAUAAGAAAAUAUAUAUAUAAAUCUGAUUCUGAUUA